AUGCUUGGAGUUACUGUAAAAGACGUUAACCAGCAGGAGUUCGUCAGAGCUCUGGCAGCCUUCCUCAAAAAGUCCGGGAAGCUGAAAGUCCCCAAAUGGGUGGACACAGUCAAGCUGGCCAAACAUAAAGAGCUUGCCCCCUUUGAUGAGAACUGGUUCUACACACGAGCUGCUUCUACAGCACGGCACCUAUGCCUGCGUGGUGGUGUUGCUGGGGUUGGCUCCGUAAUCAAGAUCUAUGGAGGACGGCAGAGAAACAGUGUCGGGCCCAGCCACUUCAGCAGAGGCUCCAGGAGUGUGGCCCGCUGCGUUCUCCAAGCCCUGGAGGGACUGAAAAUGGUGGAAAAGGACCAAGAUGGGGGCCGCAAGCUAACACCUCAGGGACAGAGAGAUCUGGACAGGAUUACCCGACAGGUGGCAGCUGCCAACAAGAAGCAUUAG